GCCCUCUGGUCCGGAACAACUAGUUCAGUCUUUUCUCCAUCCUUCCAUUCUUGUUUUCGUACUGACCUGGAGCAGUGUCAGUACUUUUCUCUCUGCAUAUCAUAUCAUAUCAUCUCCCUCCAUACAGAAGUACUCUUGGUACAGUACAUACACACAUUGAUGGUCUACGACGCAGAGUCAAAAUAAAUGAAGUUACAGAUCCUUGGUGCUUGAAUCCUGUUUUCGUCUUUCUCUCUCUCUCCCAUUUUUCCCUCUCUUUUUAUUUUUACUUUUACUUUUAUUUGAUAAUAUUUUUUUUUUCUUUUUUUCUCUUUUCCAAAACCCAAUUCAGCGCGUCCUGAAUAUAGCAGGCAAAGGUUAUUGAAUCACGGAUAAAUCGGAUACGACGGUAUGUAUACUAUGUAUGCCCCGUACCGUACAUACAUACAUAUCCAUACAUACAUGCAUCUCACUUGGCACCAACCAGCUCCACCUCUAGCUCUCUCCAUUCUGAUACCCAUCUAACCUGCUUUUCUAAUCUUCCCCGUGCGAGAAGAGGAAGGAUUCUUUAGGGUGUAUCAGCUAUCCGCUAUCGACCUAGUAUAUCAGAGAUGAAUGCGGAAGACUCCACCAGGGAAGGGCAGUCCGCCAACCAGAUGAUGUGCUGGACUCCUCUUUCCAAGACAAAGAGCAUCUGCGCUGUGGAACCCAAAGGUUUCACUCUUGGCAAGAAGGUGACGUUUGCACCCUGGGUUCCAGUGGCAGUAUUUUGUUUUCUCGCUGGUUGGACCCAUGGUUUCACUGCCCACCUCUUGGACGGAAGAGAAGCCAGGGAGCUCUGGCCAACGCUGACAGAAUUGACUCGACCUUGGUUGGCACCCUUUCUGAGCAAAAGGUCCUUCCUCUCUCAGUACAUUGACAAAGUCUCCGUGGUCUGAGGUUCACUGUAAGGUACAGACUCUUUUUUCGUGUGUCUCCACAUUAUAUCAUGCCGGAUACCUCCUGUUGCCAUAUCCGACCCCUUUUACCUUUGUCGGAAUUGUUGAGAGAAUCCAUAACAGUCCAAAUUGCCAAUUCAGGCAGGUAGAUAGACUAUAGAUAGGAUGAAAGAGCCUAUUGAUACCCCAUGCAAACAACUCCAUUUCGUUGCGAGUGGUUACCAGCUGUCCGACUCGAGUGGUACAGUAAAAGCUUUAGAGUGUAACUGACUCGUGCAAUG